UGCAAUAAAUUUGCCACUUAAUCUGUGGAAUAAAAGUUCCAACUAUUUAAAUCAAAUAUCUUAAGAGUUAUUUUUGUCUAUAGGGUUGCCACUGUCUCCUGACAUUGAAUUACAAAAAAUGCUUCAGAGUUUAGAAGAUCGAAUUCUACAACUUGAAAGAGUCCUUAUUUUGACUAAACAGAUAACAGAGUAUGGAGGAAAACUUUUUGCUACCAAUGGGAAAUCAGAAGAUUUUGAAACCAUAUUUCACACGUGCAAAAAUGCUGGUGGCUUCAUUGUGUCUCCCAGGAACGAGGGGGAAAACAAUGCCAUUUUGGAGUUUGUGAAACAGUUUAACACAUAUGCAUAUCUGGGAAUAAAGGAGGGUCUACUUCCAGGUGAAUUCCUUUACCUUGAUAACACAAAGGUGUCUUAUACAAAUUGGUACUCAGGUGAGCCCUCUGGUAGAGGGACAACAACUUGUGUGGAGAUGUACACUGAUGGCACCUGGAAUGACAAAAAAUGCAAUUACGAUCGCCUGACUGUCUGUGAAUUUUAAUCCCUUCUCCUCCUUUUACUUUUGCAUGGCUGAUAACUCUUACAGUCCUGGAAUUCUGUCUGUCACCCACAAACAGAAACCUGUUCUUUCUGCACUGUAGUUAGUGAAUUUUGUGAUGAUUCUGCAGGAGAAUAUGAACAUUAAUAAAAG